AUGCCUCACCAGCAUCUGGGGGCCGUUCCAACCGCCAGCGACUUGCCAAACGUUCUCAAACCGAUCCUCCAUCUUCCACCAGACAACAAGCCAACGAAUGUGGUCAUCUUCCUUCCAGGCUUAGGUGACACCUCAGCCAACUUCUCGUCCUUCUCUCGUGCGCUGCAACUCCCUGACGCUUUGGCCAUCACGCUCAACCCACCUUUUCCAUUACCAUUCCCCCUGGGACCUGGGGAUCAGUGGUCUGAGGACCUUCACAUCGACACCGCUACGGGUGAACUUGAUCCGGACUCAACUUUGACCAAGUCCGUGGAUCUAGUGGCUGAAGAAGUGAUUUCGAAAGUCCUGAUCAACAAGUUCAAGUACCGACCGGAUCACAUCCACCUCUUUGGCUUUGGACAGGGAGGUUCAGUCGGUCUAACGGUCCCUCUACACCCAUCGCUAUCCUCUCUACCCUCAUUGGGAGGGGUUAUAUCAGUUGGGGGAGCUCUGCCGCUAUCUGCACCUCUCACAGGCAGCAAGUCUCAGAACAAAACACCGGUUUUAAUCCUUUCAGGUUCCAAAUCACCACUUGCAUCGGUUGGCUCCAGCCCACUAAACCGCAUCAAGUCCACCUAUGAGUUUGUCACUUAUAAUCAGUGGAAGAAGGCAGACGAUUCGCUGCCUAGAAAUCGAGACGAGGCUUUACCCAUGAUGCAGUUCUGGGCACGACGGUUAAGAAGCCGACGAGGUGUCCCGGAUGGUGCGAUCGAGAUAACCUAA